AUGCCCUUCCGCCUGGGCUCUGUGUGCCAGCAAGGCCGGUCCUUGGCACCUGACGGCGUGGCGCGUGCGCGCGGGAGCCCUGCCUGCCCUUUGCCCUGCCUGAAGGGCACGGACGCUGCUGCCAGCGCUCUGAACGCCGGCUUCCCCGUACUGCCCGAGCAGUCACGUCGGCGGCGUGGUUGGCCCCGAUGUGCCCAGGCGUCAGAGUCAGAGCGAUCAGGCCGAAUCCGGGGAGCCCCCGCCCGCCCGGCCUCUGGCCACGUGCUCGGGCGUCUCCGCAGGGGCCCCCAGAUCAGCAGUGUCUGCCUGGGCCUGGGACCCCCAGUCCUGCACAGACCCUGUGCCGGGCCAUCUCCCUUGCAGUCGCUGCUGGCAGCACAGGCUGCCCUGGUCCCCGCGAGACAGGCCGGAAAUGCCAACCUCAGUGCCAUGGGGACCCUGGCGACUCUAGUGACCCUGCUCCUCCUGUGGGCCCAGGCCCCGCGCUGGUCCCACUCUUCUGAGUGGACCUACUCAGUGCCCUGCCGAAGCUUCAGGCUGCAGGAAGAGGAGGGUCCCGAGGAUGAAGGCCCCAUCCUCCUGGGCUUGGCCCAGCUGCAAGGCGGGGAGCUGGACAAGGAGCACUGGCCGCGGGAGUUCCCUGAGUGCGCGGGCAGGCGGCAGUCGCCCAUCGACCUGCAGAGGCGGAAGGUGCGCUUCAACCCGGCCCUGACGGCGCUGGACCUUGAGGGCUACGGGGACAACCAGGCUGGCCAGUUCCCCAUGACCAACAACGGCCACACGGUGCAGAUUAGCCUGCCCUCCAGCAUGCGCAUGACAGCCUCCGACGGCACGGAGUACCUCGCCGUGCAGAUGCACUACCACUGGGGCGGCGCGUCCUCCGAGGUCAGCGGCUCCGAGCACACCGUCGACGGGAUCCGCCGGGCCAUGGAGAUUCACGUGGUUCACUACAAUGCCAAAUAUGAGAGCUACGAUGUGGCCAAAGACGCCCCAGGUGGCCUGGCGGUGCUGGCCGCCUUUGUGGAGAUUGAGGACUACGCUGAAAACACGUACUACAGCAACUUCAUCUCCCACCUGGACCGCGUCAAGUACGCAGGACAAAGCACGGUGCUCAGCAGCCUCACUGUCCUGGACAUGCUGCCCGAGGACCUCCUCCACUACUACAGCUACGAGGGCUCCCUCACCACGCCGCCCUGCACGCAGAACGUGCGCUGGUUCGUGCUGGCCAACUCCGUGAAACUCUCGAGGACUCAGGUCUGGAAGAUCGAGAACACGCUGCUGACGCACCGCAAUCGGACGCUGCACAACGGGUACCGCAGCGCCCAGCCGCUGCACGGCAGGGUGGUGGAGGCCAACUUCCGCUACUUCCCCGACCCCCGCUCCGAGUACAAGUUUUACCUGGACAGGAUAGAGAACAACAUCCAGUACUUGGUUGGCUCUCUGGAGGAAGCGAAGCGCCGGCUCUAACUGCAGGCAGCAGGGCCGUGGCCUGGUGGAGGAGGCCUGCGGCAGGCGCCCUGCACAACAGCUGGACUUCUGACUGCAGCAGGGAACCCUCAUGGGGACACGAAGGGUCCUGAGGCCACGGCGCCAGUGGAAAUUGAUUGGGACAGAGAUGUCAGCCGUUGGGCUGCGCCUCACUCACGUGGGCCCGGGUGCAGCUCCAUGGCGGGCGCUGGAAAGUAAAUCACCACUCACUUGGUCUAAAUUAUAAAUCAGCACAUGCAAGAGGUCACAGGAGACAAAUAAGCACAAAGGCAUCGCCUGUUCAUGGGUUGAAGAAUGAGGAGGGAGGGCUGGCUGCCGAGGACACGGGUGCAAAUAGCCGUGUCUUGAUUGUGAGCAUGGCUGCACAAUGGUACACACUUGUUUACCUGCACGCAAUAAUGCUAUUUCUUUAAUGAAUGUAUCACACUGUACAUAAAUUAUGCAUAAAUUAUAAAGUAACGUUCACUUAAAAAAAAAGAAAAAAAAUC